ACUCUAGCCACCCAAGAGACGUCGAAAAUCUUGUAGGGCCUUGCGGGAUCCGUAGCGGAUUCGGAAGGGGCCGGAGCCUGAGCAGAAAGGGCGGGGCUUCAGGGCGCCUAAGGAAGUAACAUCCGGGGUCCUCACCACUGGGGCGGGAGCGGAGCAAGGGGGAGGGGUUCGUUCCCGGGAGCGGAACCCGGAAGGCCCAGCGACUCUGGAGUUGGAGUUGUCCUAGCCUGUCAGGCCGCCUUUCGUCGUUUCCCAGCCCUGCGCAAGGAUUCUGCUGGCAGCUCUGCGGCUCCAAAGGGUGGGCCGCCGGGCAAAGGUUUCCUGAAAGACAGGAAGAAUGGAGGAAUCUGUAAACCAAAUGCAGCCACUGAAUGAAAAGCAAAUAGUCAAUUCUGAAGGUGGACAUGUAUGGCAAGUCACUGACAUGAAUCGACUCCAUCGGUUCUUAUGUUUUGGUUCUGAAGGUGGUACUUACUAUAUCAAAGAACAGAAGCUGGGCCUGGAAAAUGCCGAAGCUUUAAUUAGAUUGAUUGAAGAUGGUAGAGGGUAUGAAGUGAUACAGGAAAUCAAGUCAUUUAGUCAAGAAGGCAGAACCGCAAAGCAAGAGCCUUUGCUCUUUGCACUUGCCAUUUGUUCCCAGUGUUCUGACAUAAACACCAAACAAGCAGCAUUUAAAGCUGUUUCUGAAGUUUGUCGUAUUCCUACGCAUCUCUUUACUUUUAUCCAGUUUAAGAAAGACCUGAAGGAAAGCAUGAAAUGUGGUAUGUGGGGUCGUGCUCUCCGGAAGGCUGUUGCUGACUGGUACAAUGAAAAGGGUGGCAUGGCCCUUGCUUUGGCAGUUACAAAAUACAAACAAAGAAAUGGCUGGUCUCACAAAGACCUGUUAAGACUGUCACAUCUUAAACCUUCCAAUGAAGGACUUGCCAUUGUCACCAAAUAUAUUACAAAGGGCUGGAAAGAGGUUCAUGAGUUAUAUAAAGAAAAAGCACUUCCUGUGGAGACUGAAAAAUUACUAAAAUAUCUGGAAGCUGUAGAAAAAGUGAAACGCACGAAAGAUGAACUGGAAGUCAUUCAUCUAAUAGAAGAACAUAGACUAGUUAGGGAGCAUCUUCUAACAAAUCACUUAAAAUCUAAAGAGGUGUGGAGGGCUUUAUUACAAGAAAUGCCUCUAACUGCAUUACUAAGGAAUCUAGGAAAAAUGACUGCUAAUUCAGUACUUGAACCAGGAAAUUCAGAAGUAUCUUUAGUAUGUGAAAAACUAUGUAAUGAAAAACUGUUAAAAAAGGCUCGUAUACAUCCAUUUCAUGUCCUAAUUGCAUUAGAAACUUACAGAAUAGGUCAUGGACUCAGAGGAAAACUGAAGUGGUGCCCUUGUGAAGAGAUCUUGAAAGCAUUGGAUGCUGCUUUUUAUAAAACAUUUAAGACAGUUGAGCCAACUGGAAAACGUUUCUUGCUGGCUAUUGAUGUCAGUGCUUCAAUGAACCAAAGAGUUUUGGGUAGUAUACUAAAUGCUAGCACAGUUGCUGCAGCAAUGUGCAUGGUCGUCACACGAACAGAAAAAGAUUCUUACGUGGUUGCUUUUUCAGAUGAAAUGGUACCAUGUCCUGUGACUAAAGAUAUGACCUUACAACAAGUUUUAAUGGCUAUGAGUCAGAUCCCAGCUGGUGGAACUGAUUGCUCUCUUCCAAUGAUCUGGGCUCAAAAGACGAACACAGCUGCUGAUGUCUUUAUUGUAUUCACUGAUAAUGAGACUUUUGCAGGAAAUGUCCAUCCUUCUGUUGCUCUGAGGGAUUAUAGAAAGAAAGUGGAUAUUCCAGCUAAACUGAUUGUUUGUGGAAUGACAUCAAAUGGUUUUACUAUUGCAGACCCAGAUGAUAGAGGCAUGUUGGAUAUGUGUGGCUUUGAUACUGGAGCUCUGGAUGUAAUUCGAAAUUUCACAUUAGAUGUAAUCUAACCAUAAGCACCGGAAUGAUAUAAAAGAGGUCAGUUGCCAUCAGUGAUCUCACUAAAAUUACACAGCUACUUCCCACCUAAUCUCAAUCCAGUGAAAGAUGGUGGUAUAGUAUGUACGUAAUGGAAGUUACUUUAUAAAAAACAGUGGAAAGAAGGAAGAAAAAUAAGAUGAACCCAAAGUUCUGUCUACGAAUCUAACUUUUGGGAAAUAACUUCAAGAUACUGUAGCUUCCUCUAUCUUAAUAGAGAACUUUGUUUUAGUACAGUGUACAGUUGCUCUGGUGAAUAAUACAUUUGUACUGAAAAAAGGUGAGAUCCAAAAGUAUGAGUAGUUCUUUAUCAUGUUACUUAUUGGAAAAGUAUUGUUUUUUAAUGUUUUCAUUGGAAAAGGACAGCUUUGAUAAUAUUCAAAUACUCUGAAAUGCACUAGACCAUGUAACUGUGAUGGAAUAUAAAAUUCAUGUGUAAACUUUUGUACCAAGAGGAUAAAACACUAAGAUACUUGAUUAAAUUACGAGUUUUACAAAUUCCUUUCAGAGUUUUCUAAGACCGUUUAAAUAACAGCUUUCUUAUUCAAUGAAAAAGAUACUUUGUUAUUUUUUAUUUGUACUUGUAGAAUCUGUCACCAUUAAACACAAACAAAAUGCAGACUCCUAGAGGAGGCUGUAAAGUUUGUGUUGGCUGAGGAGUUAUAUUUGGUUUGAUUUGUUUUGCUUUAUUGUGUUUUAUUGGCAUGAGUAAGGGUGUUACUUGACAAUGAUUUCCUGAGUUAACGACAUAGUCAAACUAUGUGUAGUCAAACUUUUUUUAUUAGAAAGAAAAUAUUUCAAUAAUUUAAGUCCACCAAUUUCAGCUAUUACUAGAUUAGCCUGUUCCUUGCACCUAAAAUAAGAAUUAAUUAUUUUCAUCUUUUUUUAAUCAAAUUAUAAUCAUGUCACUGGUCUCUUGUGACUGUGCAUUUAUUUUAUAGCAAAACAUUCAUUUUUGAUAAGGUAAAAUAAAGGAAGCUGGGUCCUUCAGGUUUGAAAGGUAGUUCUUAAAUAGCAUAUACCAACUAACCAAUCUUUAGGAAAUUAUUUUUAUACUUUGUAUAUUAAACUUCUUUUCCAUUACACUAACAUGUAUUAUUUUAUUGAUCAACAAUUGUUUUCAUUGGGAAGUUUAACAUUAAAGCAAUUUGUUGAAAUGUUAGUAUCUUUUCUCAUAAUUUUAUAAUUAUAGUCUAAGCUUACAUUCCAUUUUUAGGUUAGCUAACUUCCAUUUUUAUGCAUUUUUAAGAUAUUAAUUCAAGGUAUAUUGAGGGUUUAAUAAAACCCUUCUCACUUUUACAUGAAAAGUUAGACACUAGUAAAUGUAAACUGUAGUGUUAUGUAUGCUUAGGGUUAGAGAUUUUGUGGGCGAGUCCAUAGUGUGAGGAUUUGUGUACAUAUUUUCUAAUAUUUUAUGGGAAAUUUUGGUGUUGGUAAUAAAAUAUCUUCAAAUGUAUUUGACAUAUUAAUGAUAGAUUGAUAUGUAGCCAUUCUUUCAGAGCAGUGGGUAACAGUUUUUAAGUGUUAUAUAAGUGAGUUGUUUAGUCAUCAAAGCUAGUAACCAUGCCCCACUCUGAAUAUGCAGUCUGUGAUACUACUUUGGUUUUAGCCCUCUGUCUAGCGUGGCAUUUAACAUCUUAGCUUUUUUGUUGUUGUUGUUCUGGGAGACUGAUUCCAGGGAGCGCUGGGAAAUAUCCCCAUCGCCAGUCUUUUGGGUUGUUUUGUUUUGUUUUGUUGUACUUUUUGGUGGAGGAGAGUUUUUUUAAAUCUUGAGACGAUCUCACUAAAUUGCCCAGUAUGGCUUCGAAAUUUAGAUCCUCUAGCCUUAUCUAGUUUUGUUAUAUUAAAAUAUUAUGCUUAGAUUUAAAGAACCUAAAAAUUAUGUAAGAGCUGUCAAAUUAUUUAAACCCAAGAUCUGAGAUUUUAAAAUGAAACAUUUUUUAUUCAUGAUAAAAAUGUUAAGUAGAAUAUAAAGUUUAUUUCAUAAAUUCUGUACUAUUUUCAUGGUGUUUUUAGACAAAGUCUAAGAGCCAAUAUUAAAACAUGAAGAACAGAGGUGGCUUUUGAAAUAUUUAUGUCUAACUGAACGGAUUAGGGUGAGAUUUAAGACACAAAAAACCACCAUCACAAGAAGUAAUUUUGUUUUCAAAGCAGAAAAAUUAAGAGCUUCAAGAAAACCUUAGAAACUUUAAACAAAUAGUAUUUUAAUUCUUGUUAUAGAGUGCCACUCUGAUUCUGGAUGGCUAGGACCUAGAAAUCUUACGUUUCUUCAUUCCAGUUUUCAUUUCCCCACAGUGUGAGAACAUAAUGAUUCGGAUGAGUAGGAGAUAUAACAGAAUUAUUCAAAACUUGUAUCUUAGGUAGUAAGGAGAAAAGUUACACAUCAUUGCUUUCAUAACAGAAAAGGCUUGUCAGUGUGUAUAAUUUUUAACUUCAUGGUAAUUCUCAAGCACAAUAAAUGUUUAAAAACCUAUGUUACUAUAUAACAGUCCUAUAGAAUAAAUGACUUUACCUCAUUUUGAAUAGAAUAUACUCAUUAUAAAUAAGUUUUAUUUUCUCAUUUACUUUUAAGAUUACUGUUACAUUAAUAUUUUGGAAAAUACUGUUUUUAAAUACAGUUGUAAGAAAAAGUUUAUUUCCUAGAUAAUACCUAUGUAAAUAUUUCUAGGAUAUAACUACUGAAACAACAAAUAUUACCCUUUCUUAUUAGUUGAAAUUCUUUAAAUUCCAUUUACUAAAAUCAUUUCAUUAUUUAAUUAGGUAACUUUAAUGAAAAAGUUAAGUGAGGGUGUUUGCUAACAAAUAGUGCAUAGUAUUCCUUUAGAACCUCUUUUGCUUUUUCUAACUUGCUGUGUGAUUGUACACAAUCAAUUUAACAUAGGUAAUUCAGUUUUAUGGUCUUCAAAGAGUAAUUAAUACUUGGAUUAGAGAAGAAUCAGUGGUUUAGUAUUUAAAAACAAACUGGGAAGAAGGCUUGCAAUACAAGUUAGGUUUCUUUAAUUAAAAAGUCUUGUUAAUAGGAUGAGUUUUAAAAGAUUAACAUAGUUUUAGAAAAACUGCUCAGUAGGCUCAAUUUUUUAAAACACUCCUGUGCACUGUGCUAAAAUGUAGAAAAGUUUUACAAAAUAUUAAGUUAUUACUUUUAUAAAGAAACAUCCUAAGAGUUUCAUGGACUUACAAAAAUUAAUAGUCUCAUACUCUAAAGGAGAAGAUGCUGUUAACAUCCUUUGUUUGGUUUUAGAUUGUUUGUAGUAGUAAGUAUUGAACCCAAGGCUUUCUGUAUGAGCUACAUCUUUUCAACUUUUUUCAUUUAUUUAUUUUUUUAAAGAGGAAAAGGUUUAUUUUGAUUCACAGUUCCAAAGGGUGUUUUGGGGGUUUUUGUUUGGUUUGGUUUUGUCUGUUCUCUGAGACAGACUUGUUGAGUUACCUAGGCUGGGCAGGAUCCUGACUUAGUUUGCCAGAGUGUUGGGGUUGUGGUGUUUUAAAAUUUUGAAUAACAAAGUUGACAAAUGAUAAAAUACCUUUAUUCUGGGUUCCUAUUUUUUAGAUUUUACAAAAUCAGCAUGGAAUUAUUUUAGAAAGACAGGGCAGAAUUCUGAAUUAAGUUUGACAGUCUGAUAGUUAAGAAACAUCUCUAGAAGCACAGUAAAGCUACAUUUAAAAAUUAAAAAGACCGAAACAUUGUAAUCUUUUCUUAAAUUUAAUUGGACCUAAACAGUUCUGGCACAAAUUUGUUGGCAAGUGGUGGUCUGGGACUAAUCAGAAACAAAAAGUUUUAAUCUGAUUACCACAGGUUUGGAAUGAUUUCUUAAGUUUCAGAGAAUGUCAUACGGACUCCAUAUAAUCACCUACAUGAAGAAAAAAAAGUCAAAUGAUAGGUUAAGCCAUGAAAUUAUUACUGUAUGGAUUUUCUUUGCUGCUGAGUAGCUGUUUCAUAUCUAUUUCACAUAAGAUUAUUUUAAACAUAAUACUGAUGUACCUGAGUAAUAAAAUGACAAAAUCACUCAUACAGGUUUGGGGUGAAUCUCCUGCAAGAUUCCUUUUCUGUUUCAUACAAAUUUAAGAUCCUAUUUUAAAUUAAUAAUGGGCAGAUCUCUUAAAACAGUUAGAUGUAUUCUCUCUCCUAAAUCAAGUUAUACUAUACACCUUUCAUAUUAAAUAUUUCUAAAAUUUUGUGGUCCCUGGUAAGAUCAGUUGAUUCAGCCUUUGCAAUUGAGAGAUAUACCCACCUCCACUGAAAAAAGUAUUGUUGUAUAAGCACUAAUAGAAACAUAGCCACUUAAGAAAACAGCAUGAAACAAGCACCUAUUUCCAUAAAGACUACUAUCAAAAUCUUUAACACUUCACAGAGUAUAUAUCCCCCUGACACAGCUUAUAGCAUUAAAGAAAAGCCUUAUAAAUGACUUGUACUGACAUUUAAUAUUUUCAGUUGGUAAAUGUUUUAUUUGCUUUUUGAAAAAAUUAAGGCCAGGGAUUUAGCCUACCAACACAAGUGCCUGCCUGGCAAGUCUAAGGUUGUGAGUUCAAUCUCUGGUACCAAAAAAAUUAAAAAUUAAUUCUAAUAUUUUACUGUAGAAAGUGGAUAACGGGAAAGCAUACUAUGUUGAAAAGUGGGGCUGGGGAUUUAGUUAAGCGGCUUAAGCGCCUGCCUUGCAAGCACGCGGUCAUGAGUUCGAUCCCGGGUACCAAUUUAAAAAAAAGUAAAUCUGUGGGACCCUGAGCUAUAUAUUGAAAAGUGGUAGAAAGGAAAAUACAUUUUAAAAUGUCAUUACUGAAACUAAGGUGAUUAUUUACAGUAAGAAUGAAUUUGUAAAUACAAUGAAGUUACGCAGAAGUUAUUUCUGAUCCUAAAGAGAUUUUUUUUUUUAAUCCUCUUAGCUAUUUUACUUAGUCCUGUAUGGAUCAUAUUAACUUUACGAAUACAACAAGUGAAAUGUAAUUUUAAAGUAGACUUACUUCUCUGUACUUUUUACAAUUUACCAGAAUCUAUUCAAACAAAGCAAACAAUAAGCUGUGUUUCUGUUUUCACUGUUUAAACGUGGAUUGUUUAAAGUAAUGAAGUUCAAUACUUUUUAUAGAUUAUAUACAUAUAUGUGUGCAUAUAAUCACCAACUGUUAGCACAAUACUGUACGAAUACAAACAUACUGAAAUUUGUUUAAAUUAACCAUUAGGUUUUAUUUGCAGUGUAAAUCGUUUAGGAUCCCUAUACAGUAUAAUCAAAUUAAAUUUAAAACAUAAAUUAACCCAUAGCAGCAAAGAAAAACUUUGAUGCACUGUUACUCUUAAGUAUAAACUGUAUACUUGGUGUGAUGUGACUAGAUGUAAGUUUUAUAAUAUACUUGAGGGGUUUUUUUUUUAUUAUUGCUAGAUUCUGAUGAAGAAAUUUUCAAGAGAUGAUAUACAUAAAAUCAUCUUUAAAAACAAUUGUGAAGAGAGUAUUACAAUCUAGUUCUAAACUGUCAAUUUACUUUCUAUGAAGGCUUUGCCUUCCAUCAUUGACCAUUGGAUAUUUAAAUUAUUUAGACUAAUGCCUGCAUAGAAUUAAUUUAAGUAUGUCACAGCCUUAAUGUGAAUAAAAUAACCUUUUGACUGCCUUAAAAUAUGACUAUCUCUCUUCUGUAGGCAUACUAAUUACUUUCUUUGGGGUCUGUUUAUUAAGCAAUGCCUUAAUAUAAAUGUCCCAGUGUUUUUGAAGUAUAGAAAUCAAAGGGUCUUUUAGAGCUUUUAUUUUUCCAUAAUGAAUGGAAAUUUAACUGUUAAGUUUAAAACCUGAUUGUACAUUAGUAAUUUAAACACUUAUUACUAGGAUAACAUGGGUAUAAUCAUGUAUCGUGCAUACAUGGCUGUUAACAUCAAUAAACUGUUGAAUGUUUCUUGUGUUAUAUAAGCAAUUAUCCAAGAAGCUGGACUCCAUAACAUGACCUCCAAGGACAAAGUUGCAUAUCUGACACUAUGAAUGAAAAAUACAGUUGUACAGUUUUUAAAAUGAUUUAAAUUUUAAGGAAAUUUUUGAGACAAAAGGCAAAAAGUUUGUUUCAAGCCUACAGAAAAUGCAAAGAAAUGAAUAUAUAAUAUUUAAACAUCAAGACUAUUGCAAUAAAAAGAAUCCAGAUCAGUGGUUUUAAUUACAUUCACAUUUCUGCAUUCACUUUGACUUUUCAAAGCAGGAAUAUUUUAUAAAACUGGAUGAACACUUUUAAUUGUCGAGCUGAUGCUUAAAAGUACAUAAAAUGUGUUGCUUAACAAGUUUAUUUCAUUUCCAGGGAAAGGAUUCUGAAAGGGGGAGGGAAGGGGAAACAAGGAGUUUCUAAGAUUGUUCAUUACUGCUUUGGCAAGUCUUCCAAGUUUUCAAUGUAAAUACACACCUGUAGUUAAAAAAAUAAUAUACCUAACAAUGGCAAUUUGGUGUUUCCUGAUUUGGAAUAGAUAAGUAGACUAAUUAUAUUUAUUUCAGAUAAAAAUUUUCAUCAUUAUGUGCAGUCAUAAUUUUUUCUCCCUUUACAACUUUGCAAAAUACCCUACCAAAUGUAGGUUGAUUAACAUUUACCUGAAAUGCUUAGAAUCAGAAGGGUUUUUCAAAUUGUGGAGUAUCUGAAUAUGCAUAGUAAGAUAUCUUAGAUAUGUUUCAUAUACACCUUGUACAAAGAGACUGAAGGUAAUUUUAUAUAAAAGUUUUAGUGUGCCUGCAUUUUGAUUGUGAUCACAUGCGGUCAGGUAUGUAAUUUUCCACUUGUGGCAUAUUAUUGGCACUCAAAAAGUUUCCAUUUCUGCAGCACUUCAGGUUUUGGAAUUAGGGAUGCUUGGCCUGUGAAUCAUUUCAGACAUGGAAUGCAGGUGGGCACGAUGUGAAAUGUUUCUGGUCAGUAUAUUGUAGAAAUUAACAGGUGUACCAAAUAAAUUCUAUGCACAUCAAA